AUGCUAUUUGCUUCCACACGCAUUAGGAACAUUACAAAGAGUGCACCGCUCCACAACCAGAUGAGAAAACUCCACAAGCAGUCAGCAGCUCUACGGAGGUUCCACUGCUCUAGCACUGGUCAGUCUCGCGCAAAGAAGUGCGAAAUGUGUGAAAGUACAGAAAUCAGGGAGGAGUUGUUGAAGAGAAAGGUUGAAAGUCACAAGCAAAAGGUUGAAGAACUAAAUAAAAAAAAAAUAGGCUUUUGUGUACGAAGAAUGCAAGAAUAUCAUCAGUUGUUGCCGCACUCUUCAAGCCGUCAGCAGCUCUACGGAGGUUCCACUGCUCAGCACUGGUCAGUCUCGCGCAAAGAAGUGCGAAAUGUGCGAAAGUACAGAAAUCAGAAAAUGCCAGGGAGUAAUGGUCUAAAUAUCAUGCCAGAAAAAGAGAACGGAUUGAUGGCUACCCCCAACUUCAUGACGUUCCUGGCCAAAAUGCUGUUGAACGCCGAGUCAGUGGUACCACCAGAUGCCUCGUGA